AUGGGCGGACGCCGCGAAACUCGGCUGGACCAAGCUCAAGUCCAGCCAAAACACCCUACAAUGCGUUUAGCUAUUCAAAUUAUCCAAGUUAGUGGCGGCGCCGUCAACUCCUGCACAGCAGAAUGCUGCGUUUCUCAACACAGGCAGGCCGUCAGCAUCUCGUACUGGUCGCCGAAAAUCAGGGACGACUCCUUCACGGACAAGGGCAGGAGAUAUACCGGCGACACCACACGCAAUUCGGGCAUUCCAGAGACGGGCGGCGACCUAUACUCCGGGACGGGACCGACGGAAAAGCCAGCGCUUCAAACGGGAGACUCCAAUGGAUAUACUGAAGAACCUGGGGAAAGGUUUGAUAUUACCCCCCUUGUCGAUAUAAUUGUUCUAUACACGACAGUUUCGUCGUCUCCGCAAACAGAGCCCGAGGAGGAACCGGAGCCUUCGAUUGACGAAAUCGAUGAAUUAGAUAGGGAGCCGCCUAUCCCUCCACCGAGACUGUCCCUACCGCUCAACGAGAUGACUAUAGUCCAGGACGAUAAUAGCCCCGAUAUCCCUGCUCCGAGGUUAUCCCUUCUCCCCGACGAUGAAGAUGUCACGAGAGGGUCGAUCGAAAUGCCCCGCAGAGAGCGAUCAGCUCGUGAUUUAGCAAGGUUAUCAAGAGUAAGCUUUGCUAGUAAUCGCUUUAGCGAUCAUUUCGGGGACACGACGAACAUUGUUGAAGACACCGAGGAAGGGUUGGAUUUUGGAGUCGGACAGGAGGACUAUAUCGAUGAAGAUGUCGAUAAUACAACCGGACAGGCCAUGUUGGAUGCAGGGGGGGAGACCGAAGAUUUGGGUCGUUUCAAUCUCGAUUUCGCCUUCCCAACGCCUGAAGCGCCCCAUCAUGUGCCAGCGGAAAAUACAAUUGAUAAUGAGCAGGACACUUUCGAGCUAGACGCAGUGCCACCGGAGUUUGGUGGCCCCGACAGUCCUUCAUCGCAAAGUGAUUUCGGAGCCGUGGGGUUCGAGCCAGCGGCGGACGAGCAAUCAUCCAAAAGAGGAACACCAAUGACGGAAAUUGAAGAAGAGGUACAGCCUGAGGAGCCGCAAAAGAAGAAGCAAAAGGUGUCUAAACACGGGAUACCAGUCCCAAGUCUGCCCGUGGGCGUCGUAAAGAAGCUUGCAAUGCGGUUUGCAAGGUCCGGAAACAAGAAUAAAACCAGGAUCACCAAGGACACGAUGACAGCCAUCCAGCAGGCAACAGACUGGUUUUUCGAACAAGCAAGUGGAGAUUUGUCGACAUACUCCGAUCACUCCGGGCGAAAAACAAUUGACGAGACGGACGUUAUCGCGCUCAUGAGAAGGCAACGACAUGUUGGUAAAAGCGCCUCCGUAUUUGCUCUCGCCCAAAAACACCUUCCCAAGGAACUCCUCCAGGAUAUUCGACUCCCAAAAAGUUGA